UUUCUGUUUUCAAGGUUCAGAAAUUGGAAUGAAAAGAGGUUAUGUUAUUAUUUGGGCUAUUUUCUUUUUAGAGCAUUACGUAUGUAAAACCAAAAUAAUAAUAUAAUCUGUGCAACAUUUAUUUGAGGAAUUUCUUAAACUACUCAAAAAUGAGUAACUUAUUAUUACCGACCACUACGUACACAAUACAAAGUACUGCUGGUGCUAUUCCUAUAAAAAAUGACAAAGGUGAAGUGUCUAUGCAAAAGGUGAAAGUCCACCGAUAUGUUUCUGGAAAGCGCCCCGAGUAUGCACAAUAUACAUCCAGCGAAGAAGACUCUGAAGAUGAGGAUUUCAUUGGCAAACGGCAACAAGCACUACAAAACGAAUUCAUUGAGAAAUCUGAACCCGAACUACCCGUAGACGAUCCCAGACUCCGCAGAUUGCAGACUAGGAGAAAUAUCGAGCCAGAUACGCCCAGUCGUCAUGAUGAGGACAGAUUUGAAAGACACAGGCACAUUCACGAGCCGGAAGUUAUGGAAGCAGAAGAAGAGUCGGAAGAGGAAGCCGAGCACAGAAGAAUCCGGCCUGGUGGCGAAAGUUCGGAAGAAGAGGAGGAAGAAGAACUGAGUGACGAAGAAAUCGAAAGACGACGUAUGCUGCUCAGACAGAAAGCUCUCAAUCGUAAGGAAGAAGAGGAAGUUGAAGUUUUGGACAAAGAAGAUGAAGGAAAAUCGGCCGAUGAAAGUGCCGAAGAAUCAUCUGAAUAUGAAGAAUAUACAGAUUCUGAAGAAGAGACUGGCCCAAGACUGAAACCAGUGUUUGUACGGAAACGAGACAGAGUCACAGUUAUCGAGAAAGAGAAAGAGGCCCAAAAACAAAAACAAGCCGAACAAGAAGCUAAGAAAAUGGCGGAAGAGAGGAGAAGAUAUACACUAAAGAUGGUAGAAGACGAUAUAAAAAAAGAAACGACGAAAGCCAAGGUCAAUGACAACGAACCAGCUCUGGAUGACGUGAACACUGAUGAUGAAAACGACGAAGUUGAGUACGAAGCAUGGAAACUGAGAGAACUGAAGAGGUUGAAGAGAGACAGAGAUGAGAGAGAAGCAAUCGAGAAGGAACGCAUGGAAGUGGAAAGAAUGCGAAAUAUGACGGAGGACGAACGAAGACAAGAACUGAGAAUGAAUCCGAAAGUGCUCACGAAUAAGGCCACCAAAGGAAAAUACAAGUUCAUGCAGAAAUACUACCACAGAGGAGUGUUCUACUUGGACCAAGACGAGGAAAUUCUCAAGAGAGACUUCUCAGCUGCCACCCUUGAGGAUCACUUCGACAAAACUAUUCUACCCAAAGUUAUGCAGGUCAAAAACUUCGGUCGCAGUGGUCGAACCAAGUACACACAUUUGGUGGAUCAGGAUACAACGCAGUUCGAUUCUCCCUGGGUGUCUGAGACGGCUCAAAACCUCAAGUUCCACAACAACCAGGCAGCCGGAAUGAAGCAGGUGUUCGAUCGUCCCACUCUGAAAAAACGGAGCAAAUGAGAACUAAUUAGUGAAAAUAAGUUGAUUAAAAAAACAAAGAGAAACAGAUUAAAAACAAAGAAAAACAGAUUAAAAAAC